UCGGGUGCUAUGAAGGUAAAUUCUCGUAAGAAAAUUGACAUGCCGAGAAGCGCCGGGGUUGUGAUAUAUCUGGCGUAAUUCACCGGCAGUUCCCUGCAGGCCUCGAUCUUCUGCUUCACUCGCAUUGAAGAGUCUAAUCUUUGGUUUCCUCUGCCCCCAAAAUCCCAAGCCUUUGAAGACCUUAUCAACAGCGAAGGGGAGGGCGGGAUGAACGGGUUCCCCGGAGAACCGGUGGAUGUCUUGCAACUCAAGGCCACCAUGGACGCCGUAGAGCAUGCUUGCUCUUUGAUACGG